AUGUCAGCAAAAGUCCCUGUCUGGCCUGUCAGACAAAUACGCCUUCUCACAUUUGCCAUAUGUGGGGAAGUAAAGUAUCAACUUACUGCUAUCCGCAAACGACGUGACGUGCAUCUCCGUCUGGCGAUCAGCCGCCGGUGGCGCUGGUGGGGCAAAAUAGCCACGACCGCUCUGAUCCCAGUGGUGUGCCUUGGUCAGAGUGCCGUCAUGGAGGGUGCCAGACGCGGACUGCUCAAUGCGCUGUCCAGGAACAUCAUCGGCCUCCCCAUGCCCGCAGCCCGAUCUUGUGCGCUCAAGAGGGCGACCGGGAAUUACAUGCACAUGUCAAGCCCACGGAAAAAGAUGGCUAGUGGAAGCAGAGAACAUCUACCACUUGGAUUACCCGUACGAUCUCAGCUUAUGCCAUGCGUGGCCUUAGUUUGCACCGUGUCUCUCGCAUAUGCUCUUGCUCCCAACUCAAGCUUUGUCCCCAUUGCUUCAGCCUGUGGACCUACAACUGCCAACAUCACUUGCAUUCACCGUUAUGGUAGUGUCCUACCUCCCUCCUUUUGGCGAGACUCAGAUCCAAACGUUGGCUAUUCGGGAACACUGGUUCCUGACGAUCCUUCAUGGGCCGCCCUCGUUCCCACUGCCGACUUCCUCCCAUGUUCGUUCCGGAGCUCAAUACCCUCUUCACAACGCAGGAUGGGCCCCCUGGGAACCUCUCUAAUAUUGCCAUCGACCUGA